AUGUUCUUUUUGCUUUUGAUUUUAGACGGUUCUGAUGGGCGCCCUGAGCCUGUCGGUCUGCCAGGCCGAUAUCAGUCUGACCCAGGCGGGCUACAACUAUAGGAUCCAGCAGCAGUCCCAGCCUCCGGUGGUAGCCCAUUUGCUCAACCAGCAGCUCCAGCAGGCACAGGCCCAGGUCCAGGCCUCCCACCCAGUGCUUCCUCCCCUGCCUCUGCCUUAUCUUCCUCCAAGUGGCAACCAGUACCAGUCCCAGUCUCGCCCUGUUUCCGGAGGAUCCUUCCCCAUGCCAACUGGCUUCCCCGUCAACUUCCAGACUGCUCCCGUCCAGCAACAGCGUCGUGCUCGCCCCAGGGUCAGGAUCCCUAAGCGUCCCAUUGUGACCAAGAACUUCUUCAUCCACUCUGCUCCCGAGGAGUCCGAGGACGAGGUCCAGGACGAGCUGAACCAACUGGCCCAGCAGCCACGCAACCACUACAACGUCCUCUUCGUGAAGACCCCGGCUCAGACCAACAAGGCCGCUGCUCUCAACCUGGCCAAGACCCUCAAGCAGGAGAAGACCGUGGUGUACGUCCUGGCCAAGAAGACCACGGCAGCCGAUCUGCAGGAUGCCAUUGCCGAGGCGCCACAGCACAUCAACAAGCCAGAGGUGUUCUUCAUCAAGUACAGGACUCCCGAAGAGGCCCUCAAUGCCCAGAGGCAGAUCCAGUCGCAGUACGACACCCUGGGAGGCACUUCCACCAUCACCGACGAAGGUGUGGCGCCCAUCACCUCGGUUGUGGGUUCCCUGGAUCCCCAGGAAGAGGACGAGGAAGAGCAGCAGCAGCAACAGCAGGUGCCGCAGCAGCAGUUGCCAUCGGAGGGACAUUUCGUGGAGAACGGAGCCGGCAAUAUCAGUGGAGGUCCCAUUGGGCCUCAUUACCUGCCCGCGAACCAGUUCUAAGUAUUCUUCAUUGCUCGCCACAUCCAGAUAUCUGGAUUCCAGAUCUAGUUAGCUGUCAUCCAUGCCCCUAGGUUUAAGUGAUUACAUAGAUGUGUAAUUGUUACCGAAUGCCGUAUUAAAACGCAGUUGUUACUA